AUGGAGUAUCAUUCCUUCAGCCUCCCAACUCGGUCGCCGGCGCCCAACCACUCCGCACCCCUCUCUCUGGGCUGGGGUCUCAACCUGACUUCCGGACGGGAAGUCCCCGCUCCGGGGCCACCGCCGCCCAGCCCGCCUAGCCGCCUGGUCUACCUGGGAGCCAUCCUGGUGGUGGCCGUGGCCGGCAACGCCAAGGUACUGUGCCGCCUGUGCGGCCGCGGCGGGCCCUGCGCGGGUCCCAAGCGUCGCCAGAUGGACUUCCUGCUGGUGCAACUGGCCCUGGCCGACCUGUACGCGUGCGGGGGCACCGCGCUGCCGCAGCUGGCCUGGGACCUGCUGGGCGCGUCGCAUCGGGCCGCGAGCGACCACGAGUGCCGCUUCGUGCGGCUACUGCAGGUAUCCGGCCGGGGUGCCUCGGCCCACCUGGUGGUGCUCAUUGCCCUCCAGCGCCAGCGCGCCGUGCGCCGUCCCCAGGGCCCGCCGCUGCCCGCGCGCGCCCUCGCCGCCCUGGGCUGGCUGCUGGCGCUGCUGCUGGCGCUGCCCUCGGUCUUCGUGGUGCGCGGCGCAGCCCCCUCGGCGCCUCCCGCCGCCCGCGCCGGGCCCGGAGAGCAUCGCUGCCGCGGCAUCUUCGCGCCCCUGCCGCGCUGGCACCUGCAGGUCUACGCGCUCUAUGAGGCCACCGCGGGAUUCGCGGCGCCGGUCGCGGUCCUGGGCGUCGCUUGCAGCCGCCUGAUCUGCGCCUGGUGGCAGCGCCCGCCCCCGGCCCCAUCUGCUGCGGCGCCCACGUCAAGUCCUGGCCAAGCCCCGGUCCACAGCGCGCUACCGCGCGCCAAAGUGCAGAGCUUGAAGAUGAGCCUGGUUCUAGCGCUGCUGUUCGUGGGCUGCGAACUGCCCUACUUUGCUGCCCGGCUGGCAGCUGCGUGGUCGUCGGGACCGGUGGGAGAGUGGGAUGCUGAGGACUUGGCGGUGGCCCUGCGCCUCGUCGGGGUGGCGAACAGCGCCCUCAAUCCCUUCGUCUACCUCUUCUUCCAGGCGGGAGACUGCCAGCUCGGGCAGUGGCUGCGGAAGCGCCUGGGCGCGGACUGCUGCGUGCGGGGGGGAGUCUCGGAGGAUGACGAGGGGCCCCAAGGCCACCAGGCGCUCCACCGCCACCGCUGGCCCCAUCCCCAUUAUCACCACGCUCGGCGGGAGCAGCUGGAGAAGGGCUGCUUGCGCCCCCCGCCGCCACCCCCCUGGCCGCUGCCCUGCUCCUGCGAAAGCGCGUUCUAGGUGGUCCGUGACCAGAGACGCGCCAUCUGUCGCCGCGGCACCGCCUCUGAUCACAGCGGACCGGAGGGUCUCCGAGAGAGGGACACCGAAGCUGUCCACUUUCUCCAUUCUCCUGAUAUAUUGUUUUUGUAAUGUUUACAUUUCCCUACAUUCUUCCGGUUCCUUUCAGUUCCUGUUCACAUUUUCCCACUUGGAAACGAGGGAGC